AUGGCCUGUUUUCUUUUGUUCCAAAAAAAAGUGAGUUUUCGCAAACAUUUUAUCAACAGAGCGCGCUUGCUGCAAUAUUUCCAUUUCGAAUUUUUUCGUUUUUAUUCAACCGAAACAACCCGUGCUUUUACAGAAAACACGUUCUUUGAGAAUAUUCGAUGGUGAUGAAAUGUCAGAGGAUAAAGCUGGAAAAUUAAUCAACUCUGCAAAACCAUUGUUGAUAAAAGCAAUCGACUAUGAAAAAGUUGGAAAAAUCAAUGAUGCUUUGCCAAAAUAUAUGGAAGGAAUAUCGCUUUUGAUUGAAUCUAUGAGGUAACAUUUGAUUAAUUAAUUGAUUUUAAUGUAUAAUUAGCGUCUUGUAGUCUUAUGAACAAUGAUGAUCCGAGAAAAGAAAAACUUCGACCACAAUUAGAUUCGUAUUUGUCUCGAGCGGAAGAAUUGAAAACAGAAUGCAAAAUUGAAGUUAGUUUUUGUUUUUUAUGAAUAUUUUUGUUCAUGAAAACGCCCGAAUUUCGUGUCCCGAAACCUUAUGAGUCAUUUCUCAAAAUAAUGUUUCGUUUUCUAAACCGAGAAAAUAAAAAUACAAAAAUCCAGGUCAAAUUCUUGGAGCAACGAAAAAUCAGAGCUGACGAAGUUGGCCACGGAUACGACAAGAUAUUUCUGAAAUGUUGCGAUGAAAAAUUGAAGAAUGUGCGCGUUGAAGACGCCUAUAUAAUUGCUCAUCAUCAAAUUCUCAACUUUGUGCGAUUUUGUGAAUUAAUUGUUCAAUCAUCGAAGAAUUUGCGGGUUAUUUCUUUGAAAACUGGUGAAGAUGCUAGAUCAAAUGUUCAUGCAUUUAACGAUUUACGAGCGUGGGUUUAGAGUUUCUGAGAGGGUUUUGAUUACCUGUUGAUUUUACAGAAGCCUGGAACAACACAAAGUAACACUGCAUGUCGAGUACAGCGGGACCAUUCAUGAUCGACAAAUAACGUUGGUUUUUUUUUUUUUGAAAUUUAUUGAAGGAGUUUUAAAAACUAUUUCGAGUAUAUAUACAAUUUUUGCAACCCUGGCACACUUUUUCAUGUGUAAAAAAAUAUGUGGCAGAACUUCUCACCUCCCCUUUCCCUUCAAAUAUCGCAAUCUAAAAAAUCCCAAAUUUUUCAAGAUUCGACAAUGGAUGGGUUGUAAAAAUUGGCCGCGGACUCGAUUAUUUCAAACCUCCACCAAAAGGAAAACAAUAUGUCUUAGGUGCUUGCGAUAUGAAUUUGAGACCUUGCCAUGAAACCACCAUCGAUAUUUUCAAAUCGAAAAAAUAA